AUGGAGAAUAGAAAUAGCAGUGGUUCUAACAGGCCCUUUUCUGUGAAUAACCCGUUUAGGAAUGCCACGCUUGACUCAAGUAUCAAUCAGUAUAAAAAUGACUCUCAGUUCCAAGAGUGGGCAAAAAAUCAAUCCCGUGCAAACUCAUUUGACAGACCACUAUUAAACACAAGAACAUCCUCACAACUGUCAUUCCCAAGCAUUCCCGAAGAUGAACGGCAGCGAAAUGCGGAUCGACAGGGUAGCUUCAGUGCAGGUAGUUUAUCACCACCUUCAAGAACAGUUUCCUCAAAGAACCCUUUCCUGGACGACGUUAGUUCAACAGACGAUUUUGUAAAUAGAGACGUGAGAUCUUCUCCACCUUCUUCAAAGAGUAAAAAUAAUUCAACAGCAAAAGAAGAAAAAGAACAAUUAAGGCAAAGGUAUUUAGAGGAGAGUGACAUGAGCGCAACUAACAAUAGACAAGGAAGCACCGAUCUACCCCCUUCGUAUGAAGAGAUCGCUUCAACCGAUGGGUCAAAGCGCGGAUAUCCAAAAGAAAAGAAAUCUCGCUCUUCUUCCCACCGUGAGCAUAGCAACAGUGGCUCCUAUGUUCCACAUAGAUCCUCGUCGCACCAUAAUCGUGAAGCUUCUUCGUCUACAACUCCCUCCAAGAAGGGAAAAAGAAAAGGUAAAGUUAUUAUACCUAAAAAUGUGGAUACCAUUGAUAAAUUGGAUGUAACUGGGUUGUUCGGUGGCUCUUUUCAUCAUGAUGGUCCUUUCGAUGCUGUUACGCCGCAUAGAAAUAAAAAUAAUAAAGCUGCUCCCGUUUUAGCUUUUCCGAUUGAUGGUCCAAAUAGCACCAUCGGCGGCGCUUCAACCAAAAAGUCAGCCCUGGAUGAAGUUUUUGGGAGGGAUGAUACAGAUGAUUCUGAUAUAUACCAGUACAGAACCCAUACUCUGAGGAGGGGCGGUGAUACGCAAAAUGCGAUAAAAGUAAAUGUAGGCAAUGUUCAUCAAAUGGACGCUAAAAAUAAGACAGAAUUAGUUCAUGGACCUGUUACUGCAGGAUUGGGCUCUAGUACGUUUCUAGAUGGGGCACCUGCCUCGUCAGCAGCCAUUAGAAGUGACAUAAAAGCGCAUUCCUAUCAUAAUCGUAACGGUGGCUUGCAAAGAAAUAAAUCGCUCUCCCAAAGACUAGGUCUUGGAGGGUCUGGCGAUAGUAAUGCCCCCGUGACUGGUGUAAGAAGAAACUUGAGUUUGAGCAGGGACAACCAUGAUGUAAGUCAUAACAGCGAAGGUGUUAGGAGGUCAAAGACUGUAAAUCCUUCCAACAAAACGCAUAAAUCAGACUAUGCCACAGGGUUUGAUGAUCACAAUGACGAGAAUGAGGCUGAGGAUGAUGUUUACCUGGGUGUACGCUACAAUGAGUCCAAUAUGAAGAAGAAAUCGACGGGUAGUAGGUUGCUCAACAGAGUUAAGAGCCUAAAAGUCGGAAGGAAAAGUUAG